ACAAACAUGUUCAUAGCAGUCAAAAGCCUUAUUCUUGUAAUAUCUGUUGUAAGGGUUUUUCACAUAGUUCUAGUCUUGACGCAUUACUUGUAUUCAUAGCAAAGAAAAACCUUAUUCUUGUUCCUUAUGUGGUAUGAGUUUUUCAGAUAGGUCUCAUCUAAUGAUACACAUAUGUGUUCAUACUGGUGAGAAACCUUAUUCUUGUCAUUUGUGUAAUAAGAGUUUUUCACAGAAAUAUGCUCUGACUAAGCAUAGUUGUAUUCAUGGUAAAGAGAAACCUUAUUCCUGUUGUCUAUGUAGUAAGAGUUUUUCACGCAGUUCUGAUCGGACUCGACACGUUCGUAUUCAUACUAAAGAAAAACCUUUUUCUUGUUCCUUAUGUAGUAUGAGUUUUUCAGAUAGGUCUCCUCUAAUGAUACACAUGCGUGUUCAUACUGGUGAGAAACCUUAUUCUUGUAGUUUAUGUAAUAAGAGUUUCUCACACAGCAGUAAUCUGACUCAGCAUAGUCGUAUUCAUUGUAAAGAGAAACCUUAUUCUUGUAGUGCAUGUAGUAAGAGUUUUUCACAAAAGGAACAUCUAACUCAACACAAUGGCGAGCAUUCAAGUAGUUUUUCACUGCAAGAACGUCUAAUCAGACAUAGUCUUACUCAUACUGGAGAGAAACCUUAUUCAUGUGCCAUAUGUAGUAAGAGUUUUUUAACCAAGAAACAACUGACUAGUCACAAUCUCAUUCAUACAGGAGACCGCAAAUUUCUUAAUGUUCGGGCUGAGGAGAAACCUGCUCUUUCUUGUGCUGUGUGUGAUAAGAGUUUUUUAUGGUGCCGUGAUCUGAUGACACACAUUCGUAUUCAUACUGGUGAAAAACCAUAUUCUUGUGCUGUAUGUAAUAAAUGUUUUUCAGAUAAGCACAAUCUGACAAAGCACAAACAUGUUCAUACUGGUGAGAAACCUUAUUCUUGUAGUGUGUGUAGUAAGGUUUUUUCACAGAGUUCUCAUCUGACUCGACACAUUCGUAUUCAUACAAAAGAAAAACCUUAUUCGUGUUCCCUAUGUAGUAUGAGUUUUUCAGAUAGGUCCAAUCUAAUUGUGCACAGACGUGUUCAUACUGGUGAGAACAGUAAUCUGACUAAGCACAGUUAUGUUCAUAGUGAAGAGAAACCUUAUUCUUGUAGUAUAUGUAAUAAAAGUUUUUCACUGAAAGAGCGUUUAGUUAGACACAGUCAUAGUGGGGAAAAACCUUAUUCUUGUGGUGUAUGUAAUAAAAAUUUCUCGACAAAGUCAAAUCUCGGUCGUCAUAGUCGCCUUCAUGAUGAUGAAAAACCUCAUUCGUGGAUUCGAGAAACUGUAGAAUUAAUGAUACACUGUGCUGCUGGAACAAAUUUGUACCACUUAGUAGGAUCUGAUAUAGACAGUUUUGCCAGUAUAGUAAGAUCUGAUGUAGACAGUUUUGCCAGUUUAGAGGCUUCAAUAAGAUUAUUUAGUUGUUACUAUAAGGUGACAGUCAGUAUGAGUUUAAACGACAGCAAAUUUCUUAAUGUUCAGGCUGAGGAGAAACCUGCUCUUUCUUGUGCUGUGUGUGAUAAGAGUUUUUUAUGGUGCCGCGAUCUGAUGACACACAUUCGUAUUCAUACUGGUGAAAAACCAUAUUCUUGUGCUGUAUGUAAUAAGAGUUUUUCAGAUAAGCACAAUCUGACAAAGCACAAACGUGUUCAUACUGGUGAGAAACCUUAUUCUUGUAAUAUGUGUAGUAAGGUUUUUUCACAGAGUUCUGAUCUGACUCGACACAUUCGUAUUCAUACGAAAGAAAAACCUUAUUCUUGUACCAUAUGUAGUAUGAGUUUUUCAGAUAGGUCUUAUUUAACUCAGCACAGACGUGUUCAUACUGGUGAGAAACCUUUUCAUUGUAAAUUAUGUAAUAAGAGUUUUUCACAUAGCAGUAAUCUGGCUAAGCACAGUUCUGUUCACAGUGAGGAGAAACCUUAUUCUUGUAGUAUAUGUAAUAAGAGUUUUUCACUGAAAGAACGUUUAGUUAGACACAGUCAUAGUGGUGAAAAACCUUAUUCUUGUAGUGUAUGUAAUAAAAGUUUCUCGACAAAGUCAAAUCUUGGUCGUCAUAGUCGCCUUCAUGAUGAUGAAAAACCUCAAUCAUGUGACAUAUGAAAUAAAAGUUUUUUAUGUGGCAGUGGACUGACUGAGCACAAAAGUAUUCAUGAAGAUAAGAAAAAACUCUUUCUUCUAGUGCAUGUAAUAAGAAGUUUUUAACCGAGGAACAACUGAUUAGUCACAAUAUCACACAUGCGAGUAACAUGUAUAAAAUAUUUUUACUAUUACUACCCACAUCUUUAUUCUUGUAAUGAGUGUAAUAAAAGUUUUAGUGGUUUA